AAGACGCACAGACUUCACCGGUGCUGAUAUGUGCCGAUCGGCCUCAACUGUAGCGGCGGCGCUUAGUCAUUCGUCUCUCUUUUCUGAAGCUCUAUCGCCGUCGUCAAAAUAUCAAACGAUUCAAAGAAUUCGUAUACUAAAAAGUAAGAAAGUGGUUAAAUUAAAAAGAACUCAGUCGUCCGCAAUUCUUGUAUCAUUAUGCAGCGUGGAGGGAAUUCCUUCUCUUUUGUACACUCUGCGAUCACAGGACUUAAGGAGCCACAGUGGCCAAGUGAGUUUUCCUGGAGGUCAAUUUGAUGAGAGUGACAGAGAUGUGAUUCAUACUGCAAUCAGAGAAACGGAAGAGGAAAUUGGUAUACCACAAUCUUCAAUCGAUGUUUGGGAGGUUUUACCACCAAUUGGGAGGUACUACAUGAACCCAAUCCAUCCAGUUGUUGGGAACCUUGGCAGCGUAACAGUUGAUAAUCUCAUGAUAAACGAUUCGGAGGUCUCUAAGGUAUUCACUGUUCCAUUAGAAUAUCUAUGUUGUCGUGAUAAUAUAAAGCAAACAAGUUUUCGUCCUCCUGUGGAUUCCGCCUAUGCACUACCAUAUAUUUUGCCAGUGUUCACUACAAAACCUAGGAUAUGGGGACUGACAGCUGUAGCAACAGAGUUAUUUCUUUCCACUAUGUAUCCUGGUAUAUUUCCUAGGCCUGUUGGUAAAUUCUUACCAAGGUAGCAAAGACUCGCCUUUUCUUCUUCAUAUUGCUAUAUGGUAAAAACCUUUUAAUCAUUAUCUUACCGUAAUUAGUGCAUUUUACUGUUUUAUCUGCACAAUUAAAAUUAUAUUACUACUUAUUUAUAUGUUAAUUUAAGUUUUCAAGUGUGUCGAUAAUUUCAAAAAGGGUGAAGUGAUCACCUGUUUUUUUAGUAUUGCUGGGGUUUUAAAUUUGAAGAACAUAUUCAUUGCCUUAUCUGCUUUUUCAGGAAUUGAAGUUCAUAUGCUUUUUUGUAAAAUAUAUACUUGUAAGUAUAUUUGACAUCAUGCUCCUCAGGGAAUAUUUUCGCUAUGUAUAAAACAUGGAGAGAUAUUCUCUGUUCAAAAGUUUUAAAUGCAAACAAUUUAACUACCAUCUAAAUCACUUAGCAUGGAGAUUCUGUUCAAAUCCUUGUUUUUGAGAAUUUUAUAUUGCAGGUGAAUAUUUAUAUCUUUAUGAGAUCGGCCAUUAAAAAUUGGGGAGUUCUGCUAACAAUCCUGAUUAACUAUGCACUGCAGUUGGGAGACUAGAAAGGUACAAAUGCACAACAGUUGCCAUAGGAGCCAGACGGAUGUGAUUGUCAGUAUUCGUAAUAUUGUCACUCUGAAAUGGCUGAUAGAAUGUCAUAAAUGUUGUGGUUAUUGCCAGAUUUUGAUUGGAUGUACUCAUAUCUCUGGGUGUGUAUUGAUUGUGUAUCUAAAAUCGGUAAAUAAAGCAUAUUUAUUAAAAUCCACUUAGUACGAUUUUAUUUGAGCACAUAAAUCAGUAAAUAAAGAAUUGUUAAUCGCAAUGAUGUUUAUGGCUGGCCACAGUUUUAGUUCAAACAUAAGAAUAAGCGCUUUUUUAUAAUAAUAAAAUAAUCUCAACAUUGCAGUCCUUAUA